UUUUAAACAGUUUGUUACACUGGCUAGAGUUGUUUAAUCAUCGACAAUGUUACAUUUCAUUUUGUUCUACAAAUGUCUGAACCUGUUCAUACCAAAAAUGGCCAUUGUAAAACCAUAUUAAGAAGCACUCAUUGCUCCCCAUACAGCAACUGCAGCAAUAUAUAAGCUCUUCAUUUUAUGCAUCUCCAUUUCAUCAAAAUCAUACUAUUCAAGCCAUCGUCCUUAUAUAGUAGGUAAGAAAUAAAGAGUUUCUUUGUCUAUUUGAAAUAUAGUAGGUAAAUCUAUUAUAUAGUAAGUAAAGUGUUCCUUGACAUUCAUUGUCACCCAUUAAUCGAAGUAUGUGUUUCAAAUGCAUGUUAAACAGUUUGUAAAUAAUAUGCAAUGAUAGUCAGGUAAAAAAAAAAAGAUUACAGAGAAAAAACAGAAGUAAACACUAUGAAUAAGUUGACAUACAUUCAUACAAGGAAGACUGUACAAAUUACAGUGCCUCAUACAUUCUUCAUCUGCUUCUUCUUUAAAUUUUCAAUUUUUAUUUAUAAAUAAAUAUAAAUAUUAAAUAGGGAGGAGUGAGGAAGAAGAAGAUGAGUUAGAAACAUAAAUGACCCAUUACUCAUAAUUAUAGGUUGGCACCAAUCAACUGUUGUAACUCCUUUCCAAAUAUUCAUUCUCCUUUUCAUUUUUUCCUUUUUCAAAUUCAAAUACUCCUAUUUCCCACUCUCAUUACAACCAAUAUAUAUAAUAUAUAUCUUCUUCAACCUUAUACAUUUAAUAUACAAUGUACACACCAUGGACAAUGACAAGGUUACUAGUCCAAUAAUGGAGGGUCAAGGAUUGUGCUUCAUAGAUGAUGAUGAUCAUCAUUAUGAUCAUGAACAUGUUCAUCUAAUACCAAUGAGAAAGAGCAAGAUCCUAUCUGAUGCAAAGGAAGAAAGAUCAUCAGGCAAUCAUCAUAAGAAUGUUGAUGAAGCUAGUAAUAAAAGAAAAUCGUCUCAUCACAGAAGAAUUAUUAGCAAAGAAGUUGCUAAUAAUAAUAAUAAUAAUAAUAAUAAUAACAAUAACAACAUGAUUGAUCCUCAGUUUACAGAAGAAGACUAUAUUAUCUUCUGCUUUAGAGAAGAUGGAGCUUUGGAAGUUGUGAAGAAUAAUGGCAACAAAAGUACUGAUCAAAAUCAUGAUCAACUACCAUCUUCUUGUCUAGAUCGUUAUACCUCUUCUUCCAGAAAUUCCAGACCCGUAAAUCGAAAGAAACAGCUUAAUUACGGUGACAAUGAUCAUGAGAGCUUAACUAGGAAAUUAUCACAUGAAUUCUACCCCACCAAUAAUCAACAUAUGGUAGAAGAGAACCUUUACUUAGAUUCAACGUGUAUUUAUGGUGGCAAUUUUGAAGAGCACAAUUCAAGUGAUCAUUCUGCUCAUUCAUCAAAUGCUAGUUCAGGCUCUUUUGCUUUUCCUGCGUUGGGUUGGGAGAGUACUGGUAGUCCAGAGAGAAUGCCACAGACAGAAGGACUGCGCUUAAGAAAACACAGAGCUCGAUUUGUAGUCUUUCAGUGUUGUAGAUUUUAAAAGUUUUUAUCAUUAUUAUUAUUAUUAUAAGGUAGUGGACUGAGUAUUAGAGUAAUAGUUUGUCCUAUAAAUGGGGGCAUGUGUUUUGCAAAGCUCUAUUGUUUCAAUUUGAAAAGGAACCUCAAAUGAUUAUCUAAGCCCAACAUUACAAGUUAGUGGAUUAAUUUUGCAAAGCUCUAUUUUUUCAUUUUGAUUCCAGAUAUAAAUGUAACAUUGCUUACUUAUGCCAUGAGCAUAUAUA